AUGGCGCAUGCCUGCACCCCGUUGCUGGAAUACAUCAGCUCGCUGAAGAAAGAAAAGAAUGAUUUAACAACUAGCGGCCUAUCACCACCAACUGCUGUCACUUCUGCUGUUGGUCGUGUUGUGAGGGACGGUCUGUGGCGCAUGCAGUCCACUGUCCUGCGCCACGCAUUUCCCGAUCGGACAACGCGGGACGUGGCGAUUGGCUGGCCAGAGAAUGUGGGUGUUGACCAGAAGAGUGGCAUGUACCUCUGGGGAAGUGUUGGCAUCGGCAAAACGGUUAUAAUGGAUCUCUUCGAGUUAUGUGACACCCCGGGAUUCACGAAGCGGCGAGCGCAUCUCCAUUCCUUCAUGUCGGAUAUUGUCCUUCGUCUGCGCAGAGCGGAGAAAGAGAUGGGGCGGAAAGCGUGUGUCUCUCCGAUUGAUCGUGUGGUGGACGACGUGCUGUGUGAAUCACCGAUUCUUUGCCUCGAUGAGUUCCAGACAUUCGAUGUCACACACGCGUCGCUGUUGGCGGCAUUCUUCUCUCGGGCUAUGCCACGCGGGCUGAUUGUGUUUACGACAAGCAACCGCCCACCGCAGGAGUUGACGCGCAUCUCAACGGCGUUCGAGCGCUUCGUCCCGGUACUGUGGCACCACUGUGAAGUUAUGCACUGCAACGGCACGAAGGAUCACCGCGAGAAUGCCUCGAGCAGUCACCACGAACACUUAUUUCUCUAUCCAAACACCAAGGAAAACGCGAAGCGACUUCUUCACCGAGUGGAACGGGGCUUCACGCAGAGCUGCACGUGGGUAGAGGGCGCGACCAUCUGGCUUUACGGCAGGGAACUGAUCGUGCCCUUUCACUGCGUCGGCGUGGCACUGUUCGACUUCUCGGACAUCUGCGGGCCCCUCGGGCCCCCCGACUUCCAGUGCAUUGCCAAGUCCUUUCACACCAUCAUACUUACUAAUGUUCCGCAGAUCGGCGUAGUUAGCAAAAACGCCGCGCAGCAGUUUAUUAUUCUCGUAGAUGAGUUGUAUCAGCACAACGUAAAGCUGCUCUUCACAAGCGAGGUACCGUGGGAACGUCUCCUUGACAAUGGUACGGUUUUAGAUGGCAGCAGUGCUAACCUCUGUUACAGUGAGGGUGAAGAUGAGCGCAGCGGGUACUCUGCCCAGUAUAGUUUUCGCAACGCGGAGGAAGUGUUGAGUUUUGAUCGGAUUGCCAGCCGACUGAAGGAAAUGGGCUGUCGACACUAUGUGCUGCGAGAUCACAGUCAAUUUUUGAUAUCAGACUACAACCUUGCUGCUUUGCUGGAGUGA